UCAGCGCUGUCCGGAUCCAGGUGAGCAGCGGCAGCGUCUCGAGCCUCUCACUGGAUCUUCGCCCCGCGGCUCGGCUGAGUGUUUGUGUUGUUUAGAGGUUGUUUAGGGGUUUGUUUAGAGUUUUAUUCUGUGUUUUACUGAGAGAGUGUGAGUUAAGCAGAGCUCGCGACAUGUCCGCUCUGCGGUGGCUCGCCUUCGCGUGCCUGGCGCAGGUGUGGAGCUGCGCUCGCGCCUCGUCCUUCUGCUCAGCCUACCUGAGCGUACAGGUGAACCUGAGCUCGAGCGCGUUCCCCGGCAACCUCUCCGUGUGGCGGCGCGAGGCGGCGCUGUAUGGGCGCGAGUCCCCUCACCGCGCGCUGCAGGGCCGCGUACUGCUGGCCAACCCGGUGCAUGCCUGCGACCCCAACACGCGCUUCCGUGGCCUCCACGGGGGAACGGGCUGGAUCGCGCUGAUACGGCGCGGAAACGGCUGCACGUUCACCGAGAAGAUCAACCGCGCGGCGGAGAAAGGAGCCGCGGCUGCUGUCAUCUACAACGAGGAGGGAACCGAGAACACCGUCAUACAGAUGGUACAUCCGGGUACCAGUAUUGUAGCAGUGAUGAUGGGUAAUGUGGGCGGGACUGUGCUGGCAGAGCUGCUGCACAAGGGUGUGCCCGUUACAAUGGCAAUCGAGGUGGGGCGGGUUUACGAGCCGAUGAUGAGUCACUACUCCAUCUUCCUCAUCUCUGUCUCCUUCAUCGUCAUCACCACAGCAACAGUUGCAUACUUUAUCUACUACACAGCACGGAGGCUCUACAGAAGCAAUGUGCAGAACCGCAGACAGAGACAGAUGAAAGCAAAAGCUAAGAAGGCAAUUGGUCAGCUCCAGGUCCGCACACUCAAACACGGAGAUAAGGAGACUGGGCCUGAUGCCGAUUCCUGUGCAGUGUGUAUUGAAACAUACAAACCAGGAGACGUUCUGUCAGUCCUCACUUGCAGUCAUUUCUUCCAUAAGGUAUGUGUGGAGCCAUGGCUGUUGGAGCACAGGACCUGUCCAAUGUGCAAAUGUGACGUCCUUAAAGCCCUGGGAGUGGAGUUGGAAGAGGAGUCUCCACCUGAUUUACUGCCUCGCAGCACUGAGAACUCUCAUCCACACACUGACACACAUAUUGACAGUGUCUCUUAUACACUUACUACUGACAGUGUUUCAAACACACAAAGCGACACAGUGUCUUCAGGAUAUGAAUCUAUAAACUCAGUGGGAGAAGCACACAAUGGUUUGGAGGUGGUUUGUGUGGAGACACAGCCUCACUAUGACAACCCUGCCUUCGAAAGAGAUGCCCGGAGCUAGAAAAUUCGAGAGCACAUACACACACACAAACAGACAUUUUCUUUCUGUUUGGAAGUAUGAGGUGUUUGCAUAACCAUCACAAGAUAAAAUAUUCAUCAACAAGUACACUAACUCAAAAAACACGAACACGCACACACAGACACACACACUCCUUCAGGUGUGGUUUUAAGCACUUUGAUUCUCAGGUGUGUUUAUCACAGUUUGAAAUUUGAUGUUAGUUUCUGUAUCUGGUUUUAGUUUUUAUCUCUGUUGUGUGUAAGUGUGUGUGUGUGUGUGUGUGUGUGUGUGUGGGUGUGUAUGUGUGUGGUAGGUUAUUUGUGUUAAUGAUUACACUGAUUUUGAGCCUCACAGGCCACCAUACAGCAGUUACAUGACCUUCCACAGACAGAUCAAUAACAGCUGAACACCUUGAGCCUUGUGUGAUGCAGCUCCCUCUGCUGGUCAUGACCUUUUCUCUGUAUAUUUCUCUAAUAUGUAAAUCUUUAUUUUAUUCUGACUGGAUCAUUUCUUCUUUAAAUCAUAAAACAUGAAUAUUGUGUGUGUGUGUGUGUGUGUGUGUGUGUGUGUGUGUGUGUGUGUGUGUGUGUGUGUGUGUGUGUGUGUGUGUGUGUGUGUGUGAGAGAGAGAAAGUCUGAGAGAUAGUGUGUUUUUGUGUGUGUGUGAGGUGAGUGUAAGAGAGAGUGUGUGUGUACACUGCACUGUUUGACUUCUCUGGUUUCUGCUCCAGCUGAUUUGAAUAUUUAAAUAAGGGCUGACUGUAUAAUAGAACUGAUAAUACUCAUGUAAAAAUAAACUGCUUUUAUGAA